GUGGACGAGAGAUGGAGAAAAAAAGUAUAGGAGCUUAGCCUAUAACAGAGAGAGAGAGAGACUCGCGCGGAGGGAUAGAGGACAAAAACGUGACGAGGCAGCCUAAGAGCUGUUAUGCAACCGCUGACCUACUAACACAUAUUUCUAGAAAGGGAGCCGGAGAAACUGGAGCAAAGUGUCCGGCAUCGCGCAACACACAGGCAGCACGAGCCAAAAGACAGAAACAGCAUCCACCCGACCCACUGACUCCACCACAACCCACCCGAGUAGCGACAGGAACAGCAGAGGGAAACUUUUCGAGUUUUUUUGGGGGCGAGGUUUCUUCAAAAAGGACAAGGACAGGAGGAAACGGGAGCGAGACAGCUUUUGUGUCGGGAAUCUUUUUUUUCCCCCUCCUCCAGGACAUGGAAAGUUAGUGGUCAGCAAACAGCAGCACUGAAGCUGGAUCCUCAGGGAGCCCCGAAGUAGACGGACUGACCUACAUCCUCUGUAAGACACUGAGAGAAGCAGUGCAGCGGCCUGACAGGCAUCACAGCUCUGCUGAAGAUUGUGGAAGACGCCAAUAAACUCAAAAUCACCUCCAGUGAGACUCCAGAGACUGCUUCGAAGUAUUUGCCAAGACAGCUGGAAGACUCUUUGCUCAAAAUAGCUUAUUUUUUUGGUUUACUCGUUCAGAACACUAGUUCAAUGUCUGAGGUUUUUGUGGAGUUCCACCUCUUUUUAAUCUUCUUGGCUAAUAUGGACACUUGAACAUUUUAAUCUUGAAAAAUAAGUAACAGAAAUCAAUGAGGCCAUCCCUUCAAGGAGCACAAAUACCUCAUCAAGAAGUUUUUGCAGAUCCUGCGACAUAAUUCAAACUCCCUAGUGACAAAGCAGAAGGCUCAUAUAGUUUUACAUCUUUUCCCUUUCCCCCUUUGCCCUUUGCUAGAGUUACACUCUAGCUCCCAGCUAAGGAAAAAUGGAAAGUCUGAGUCUACACCUCCCAUCCACCAGCAACAAAAAUGCCAUGGAGGUAGACACUUUUUCUUCCUACAGUGGGAGCAUCCCAUCACCUAAUCCUGAAGGCGGAGCGCGGAUCAGCCGCCAGGCUAAGGGAAACAAGCCUAAUAUGUCCGGCCGUCGCAAGCGAGAGUUUAUUUCUGACGAGAAGAAAGAUGCUUCCUAUUGGGAAAAACGGAGGAAGAACAAUGAAGCAGCCAAGCGCUCAAGGGAAAAGCGUCGCCUCAAUGACAUGGUGCUUGAGAACCGGGUCAUGGCGCUGAAUGAGGAGAAUGUUCGUCUGAAAACAGAACUCCUUCAGCUCAAGUUGCGCUUUGGCCUCAUCAGCACAGCCUCCUACAUGGAGAAAAGUCAGCAGAUCUCUAAUAGUGAUGCCGGUGGCAACAAUAGUAGCAAUGGGAGCAGCACCAAUGGCACCCCAAAUAGUAACGCCUACCUCUCCAGCAGCGGCUACUCCAGUGCAUCCCAGGUGAUGCUGAAUUCUGACUCAUCUGAAACAGAACAGUCAAGCCGUGGCGAGCGCCACACCACGCUCCACAGUUACUCUCCCCGAGGCUCCAUCUCUGACAUGUCUGACGGCUCCUCCAGAGACAGCCCAGAGCCCAUGGGCUACAACAUAAAGGAGGAGCCCUCAAGUAUGGAGAUGGCCAGACUUGAAAGCAACAGGAUGCCCAAUGGUAUCCCAAGUGGGGCAUACCAUGGUAACCACACUGCUCUGGUUUCUCCUCACCAGCAGAACACCCCAUUGGCCGAAAGUGCCAUGGACUACCAGCAAUGCCACAUGGAGGCCUCCAGCCCAGCUCCUCAGGCCACCUCUGCACAGAGGAGUGUCAUCUUGUACCGCUCGAGCAGUGGCUGCUACCCCAUGGAGAACCAGAGGCCGGAGGACCAUCAGUCCCAGCAGAGCAGACUGCUGCAGCAUGGCCAGCACACCUCCACCUCCAAGUUCUCUGACUGCUCAGUGACCAUCACAGAGGUCGCUGAGAAGCUGGAGAGGACAAAGACCUUGGACUCGCCUCAGUAUGAAUACACUAAUGGUCAUGCUGAGUCAGCAGAGGAGCUGCAACAAAGGUACAAAGCCAAUGCCCAACAGCAGCAUGGGCACUACAGCUACCACGGUCAGGAGAGCAGUCUUCAGCAUGAAGAAAACCACCAGAACCCCUUUGCUCCUGAUCUGAUCCAUAACACCGAGGAGGGGAAGUCCCCCUGCCCACAGCACAACGGCUACCUCAACACACUGGACGAAGAGCCCCCGGUGCUCACAUACGAGGGAGGCCCCCGGGCCGACGGUUUCUACCAGGAGAACUCCUCCACUAAAGACACCUCAUCCAGUGAUGGGGACCUUCGUAGCUCUGACAAAGAGGGCUCCACUGAUGACGAGUCCCCCUCCUCAUCCUCCUCAGACAUCAGCAGCUAUCACCAGAAGGCAGCGGGAGCUGCUGGUUCGCAUGGCGAGUGCCAAACCGAGGUCAAAGCCACUGCCCUGCCGCACAAGCUCCGCCUCAAGUACAGAGCGUUGUCCAGUGGGGCAGCAGGAACGCUACUGGAGGGACCGGUCAACACCUCCAUGUCCCCCUCUCCCAAUUUGCCUCAGCACCCUUACUUAGCUCUACCCAGCAACCCUCACAAUGGCCAGGCCAACGGGGAGAGCAGAGAGGUGGAGAACGAGACUGAGUAUGCAGAAGAGGAGAAGCCUCAGGUGAAUGAGAGGGUGGAGGCUAAAAAGGAGGGAGGGAAGAGGGGAUCCAGCAGCAGCAGCAGCAGGGGUGGACGCAAUAAGAGGCGAGAUUAAGGACAAAUAAGAGCAGCUUGAGUAUUCAAAAGAGACUGUUAAGCCUUUUCUGUCACCUCUUUGUUGUCUACGACAACUACAACUAUGACUCACAUCAGCACCUUACAAGACCGUGAAGAAGCCAGUGAUCUGUGUGAGGUGUAGUUAGGAUGUGAUUUCACCAUCAAGUUUCACUGUGUCACCUGUUCCCCCUUCCCUUUACUCUCUCCUACCUCCCACCUAUCCCUCCAAUUAAAAUAACAGGUCACUUAACGAGGGAGGGGACGGAAUGAAACUCUCCAGAGCUGGAGUCUGGGAAAUUUACAUUGUGUAAAAUUCAAACAUUAUUCAAUUAUUCAUCAUUGUAAACUGCCUUGGUGGCUGGCCAGCAUUUAUUGUGGCAUUAUGGGAACAUUCCUUUGACCAAAGAAUACACUUUCUUCCUUUAGCAUCUCCCUUUUGGGCAAAGAGUUACAUUCUCCUCCCUCUGAACACGUCUGUAACAUUUGAUCCUCCACCCUCAGCACACAAGUCCCCUCCACUUCUGAAGCACUUAGAUUGUAUAUUACUGUGAUAUAUAAAUUUGCAUAAAUUGAAUAUAUAUUUUAAGAAGAAAAAUGUGGCAAAAACAACAAAAAAUAAAGCACUGGGAUGCGGAUGUUCGUAGACUUAAAAGUGAUCAGUUUGUUCUUGUUAAGACACCUUGUACAGUCCCUCUUUGUCUAGAAAAUGCCUCAAAGAUUUUCUUUCAACUAAAAGUAUGAGCCACAACUUGACAAAGGAAAAGUACAGUAAUUUUUUCAGAUUUAUGGAUCAGAUCAGGGGGCUCAUUCAGGUGUUCUGAGCUCUUCAACAGUCAAACCUGUCAAAACAGUCAAGGCCAGUUAUCCACAUAUCAGUCAAGGCUAAGUCACACAUUGCUGUUGGCAAAACCUGACAAGCACAAGGCAAGCCUCGUUUGCCAGCCAUACAAAAAAAAAAUCAAUACAUCUUCAUUUCCAGACAAAUUCUGUCUAAUAAAUGAAAUGGCUCUUCAGUCGCAAAACCAGCAAAGCUGCUCUCUCUUCAUAAGGUGCCUCUUUAUUGUGUUGUCCCUUGUCCCCACUUUGGCCAAUGUCUUAAUGAUCCCACUCACCUCUGCACUGAGUUGUUUUAGCUAAAGUAGAUCAUACAGUCUGUACAAGUUUAACUGUUUCACUUCCUGGUGCCUGCCUCUGGCCACUAUGUAUAAAUGUAAAGUUGUCUCUCUAUCUCUUGUAUACUGCUGUCAUUAUUUUAUUAUUAUUUUAUUAAUAUUGUUAUUUUCUAUUAUAUUUGGUUAUUAUUUUGGCUAUUAUGUGUAUUUUUCUGUUAUCCUGUUGUGUCAUUUUGCUCUAUGCUCUUCCUGGUUGUGCUGUGUAUUUACCCAUGCUACCCCUUGCCCCAGUUACCAUUCGUACUCUGUGUUACCGUAUAACCUUUGUUGUUUGCCGAAAGGCUUUCCGAAAAAUGGAAAAAAAAAUUGAAUAAGGCUUGUCCAGAAGUGAUUAUGUAUUGCUAAACUUCAUGUGGAUAUGCAAAAUGGUUUCAAAAACACUCAUUUUUGAUUGUGAAAGAUUUUAAAUGGGGAAAAAAUAAAAGGUUGUUGAAUUUA